AUGGAGCUUGGGAUAUUAAUGAUCUUAAUCCUCAUAACCAUACUUGUGCUCUCAACUUUCUUCUUGCUUCAUUUAUGGAUAUCACCAAAAGCCAUGGAAGAUAUCCCUGGAAGCUUGGGUUGGCCAAUUGUCGGCGAAAGCUUCGACUUCCUGUCUGAAUUCUCCAGUCCUUCUGGUAUAUUUAGCUUCAUGCAAAAGAGACAGCAAAGGUAUGGAAAGGUUUUCAAAUCUUUUGUGCUAGGGAGGUUCAGUGUCUUCAUGACUGGAAGAGAAGCCAGCAAAAUAUUGCUGACAGGAAAAGAUGGAAUGGUGAGCCUGAACCUCUUUUAUACAGGACAACAGGUUCUGGGUCCAACAAGUUUGCUCCAAACUACUGGAGAAGCGCAUAAAAGGCUUCGACGACUGAUCGGAGAGCCCUUAUCGGUCGAUGGGCUAAAAAAAUAUUUUCAGUUCAUCAACAAUUUGGCAGUUGAAACAUUAGAUCAAUGGUCUGGGCGGCAAAUUUUUGUCCUUGAAGAAGCUUCUACAUUCACUCUAAAAGUAAUUGGUAACAUGAUCAUGAGCCUGGAACCUACAGGAGAAGAGCAGGAAAAAUUUCGGUCAAAUUUUAAAAUCAUUUCUUCAUCAUUUGCAUCCUUACCGUUCAAGAUUCCUGGAACAGCCUUUCAUAAUGGUAUCAAGGCUAGGGACAGGAUGUAUGCUAUGCUAGAUGCAACUAUAGCAAGGAAGAGAAGUGGCAAGAGCAUCCAACAAGAUUUUCUAGAAUCAUUGUUAAUUAAGCACAGUAAAGGAGGAGAAGGAAAAGAUUAUGAAGAUAAACUUACUGACAAUCAAUUGAAGGAUAACAUAUUAACUCUUCUAGUUGCAGGUCAUGAUACCACCACAGCUGCUCUCACUUGGCUCAUCAAGUUCCUAGAUGAAAAUCCUCAAGUUCUCGAACAACUUCGUGAGGAGCAUAUACAAAUCCAAGCAAAGAGAACUGGUGAAGCAACCCUUACUUGGUCUGAAGUUAACAACAUGCCGUACACAAACAGAGUAAUCAGUGAAACUCUUAGAAGAGCCACCAUUUUACCUUGGUUUUCAAGAAAAGCUGCACAGGACUUCGAAAUUGACGGUUAUAAAAUAAAGAAAGGCUGGUCAAUUAACUUGGAUGUUGUCUCAAUCCACCAUGACCCAGAAGUUUUUCCUGAUCCCCAGAAGUUCAAUCCCUCCAGAUUUGAUGCACCCCUGAGACCUUUCAGCUUUCUUGGAUUCGGAAGUGGACCUCGCAUGUGCCCUGGGAUCAACCUGGCUAAACUGGAAAUCUGUGUCUUUAUCCAUCACCUGGUCACCAAGUACAAGUGGAGACCUCUGGAGAAAGACGAUUCCGUCCAACCAACUUUGGUGCGGAUGCCAAAAAACAAGUAUCCAAUUGUAGUUGAAUCCCUGUAAAACCCCACGCAUAGACAGAAGGGAAGAAAUAAUACCGGAGCACAUUAACCAGAGAUUUAUUACCACAAGACAACAGUUUUACUGUGCACCAAGUAUGAUGUAAUGAAUCACAAAAGGAGACAUGCAUCUGCUUAUAUUAACAAAGCUAUUUUUAAACGAAAUGUAUCAACAAUGAUAUAUGUAAAUCGCUGCUAGCACAAUCAAUUAUGAUAAGUUUCUCCUAAA